AGAUUAUAUUUUUUUGCGAAAUUUAUUAAUUAGAAAUGAUGACUUUCUUAUCGCUCACAUUUGCCAUGUGGUAAACAACACUGACUAUGGCAUUCAUCUCUGACUGGACGCAAAUUGGCAGCGAUGUGUUUUACAGAAAACAUGAACUCUACACGAUGGAAUGGGGAGGGGGGAUUAACCUGGGGGACUUCAUGGUUGCCGCAGCAUCUUAUGGGGGUCCCAUAGCUCUUACACGAGAUGAGACCAAAUUUACCAAAACACAGCAGUCAGGAAAGCCCAUCAUUUUCGUCUUCAGCUCAUCAGGGAGGAAAAUUUCAUCCUUUAAGUGGAUGAGUGGCUACCUGCUGUGCCUUGGUUGGUCACGCAGCGAAGACCUGGUGUGCGUGCAGGAGGAUGGCGCUGUGUCACUGUAUGACAUGUUUGGCACUUACCAGCACACCUUCAAUAUGGGCCAGGAAGUCAAAGAUACUCAGGUUCAGAGUGCUCAAGUUUUCACCAGCCACCGAGAAACAGGAGUGGCUGUGCUGAGCAAGUCAAACCGCGUAUUUAUGGUUAGCAACAUUUAUGAGCCUCGCACCAGGAAGUAUCCGGAUAUUCCCAGUGGUGUGGUGGAGUGCUGGUGUGUGAUUCGUGAAGAAAGACACACAAACGUCUUAGUCAGCCAAGGAAACAAUUUGCUUCUCCUCAAUCAUCUGGAUCAGAGACCUCAGGCUUUGUACCCAGAAUGGAAUGAGCCCGGAGGAUGCAUUGUGGAGAUGGCAGUUUCCAAUAACUCUCGUCAUGUGGCUCUGCUGUCUGACACCGGCAAGCUCUGGAUUGGCUCGUCCGACAUCCGCAUCAAAUACUGUGAAUACGAUGUGAAAAGCCAAGUGAAGCCAAAGCAGAUUGCGUGGUGUGGUACAGGGGCUGUGGUGCUACUAUGGGACAUGACGCUAGAAGUAGUCAGCGUUAAUGGUGAUGCCACGAGCUACUACUUAGAUUCUACAUCACAUCUAGUGCAGGAACCAGAUGGUGUGAGAGUGUUAGGAAGUACUGCUCAUGAUCUUCUACAGAAGGUGCCAUUGGUUGUGACAGAGACCUUAGGCAUUGGCUCUAUGGCUCCUGGGGCUCUCCUCCUUGAAGCAGCCAAAGGUUUCCAGGAGAGGAGCACAAGAGCCAAUGACUGUCUUGCAAUGAUUAAGGACACUCUGGAGGAGGCAGUUAACCACUGUUUACAAGCAGCGCAACAUGAGUACCGACCACAGACUCAGAAAAUGCUGCUUCGAGCUGCAUUGUUUGGAAAAAGCUUCUUGCCAGAGAUUAACCCAGACCCAUGUAAAAAGGCAAUUUUUACACUCCGAGUCUUAUGCAGUAGGAUUACAGAUAAUAGUGCAAAUAAUUGUGUAACUAUCACCAUUUUUUUUCUCCAAACAAUAGGUUUACCCCUCACUUGGAACCAGCUAGAACACCUUACCCUUCCUGUGUUAUUGGACCGGUUGGUGUUUCGAAGAUUCUUCCCCCUAGCCCUUCAGAUUGCUUCAUUUCUCAAGAUGCCAGAGUCUGAUGGUGCCUCUCGCAUACUGGCACACUGGGCUUGCUAUAAAGUAUUACAGCCAUCACAGAAAAGCGAUGAGCAGAUAGCAAAAGAGAUAAAUAGUAAAUUGGGCUAUACGCCAGGGAUAUCGUACACUGACAUCGCUAAUCGAGCAGACCAAGCAGGCAGGAAGCAACUUGCUAUAAAGUUGAUUGAGUAUGAGUGCAGAGCAAAGGAACAGGUUUUGGUGCUGAUGAGACUGGGUGAAGACCAGACUGCGCUGAGACGAGCCCUGCAAAGCGGAGAUACUGACCUUAUUUAUACUGUGCUCCAUCACCUGCGUCAGAAACUCUCAUCUGGUGAUUUCUUGAUGUUCAUCCGGAAUUUCCCUGUGGCCCAAUCGCUCCACAUCCGCAGCUGUCGGGAGCUGGACAUGGAGCAGCUGCGUGAUAUUUUGGUACAGGAGGAUGACUUCCACGGGCAAGCUCUGCUUAGAAUUAAAGAAGCUUACAUGUCCAAUAGAACAGAUACAAGACAAGCCUCCCUGCAAGGUGCAGCAGAGCUCUUCAGGAAAGCAAAGAAUGAAUCUGCGUGUCAGAUGACGGAGGAACAAGUGAAGCUGGUCAAAUGGCAGGUGAGACUAGAAGAUGGUCAGCAUAAGCCUUACGUUAACAAAUCCCUCUAUGAUACUCUGCAUCAGCUGUUAAUCGAUGGACAAAUUAAAGAAGCAGAGAAGUUGAAAACUGAAUUCAAGAUACCAGAAAGGAG